AUGACGUUCUUACGGCACACAGUUUCUUUCAGUUUAGGAUACAAUACUUAUGCGUGUAAAAUCGCGACAGUUUCUAUCAUGGUCAACACUAUAGAACAAGCUAUGCAACCUAUUUCAAAAUUCCGCACAUGUAUAAAGAAACUGAGUUUCGUGGAUGAUACAUUAGAACUGCUCGGGACGCCCACGGAAUAUCACAGAAUGCGAAACUCAAUAAAAUGGAUAUACAUUAUAUGGUUUAUAAUAAUCUGCACGACAUGGUUUAUUGAUUCUUUGUUUCACAUAGAGAAGUUUAAUGACAUAAGAGCCAUAUUUAUCCCCAUCAUUAAAGAUUAUCCAAUACAUGCCAACACCCUUAUGGAUAUAAUGUAUAUGUUCCUUUUAAGAUAUUUAGGUACUAGAUUAGAUAAAAUAAACAAUCACAUUGAAGAAUUGUCUGAGACAGAAGAACAUGGUUUAAGAGGCACAUGGAAAAAAUCCCUUAUUGUCAUUCGACCUUAUAUGCACGGCGCGGGAAAUCGCAAGCGCGUAUUGUGGAUCACAAUGCAUCUUCACUCGGAACUCUGUCGAAUAGUUUCCGAUAUACAUAGCUUAUUCGAAAUACAUAUGACACUCCAAAUGGUAUCUUAUUUUGUUAUUUUAAUUACAAUGUUUUAUUUUCAAUAUCACACAAUGUUAUGCUUAAAACAAAUGUAUGGUGGUAAUUUUUUUCGACUGAAACUAAUACUCAGCAGCGAUGUAUGGUUUGCUGUAAGUUUAACAAAAGUUAUAUCAUUUAAUCACAUCUGCGAAAGCGUUAGCGCCAAGGCAAAAAAAACUAAAGACAUAAUCCAUAAAUUGACAAAUCUCAUAUAUUUUACUGAAGCACGCGAAGAGAUUUUCCAGUUUGUUUUGCAAAUAUCGCUUCGCCCAUUGAAAUUUAGCGCAUUAGGUCUAUUUUACUUUGAUUACAAAUUCAUUCAUAAGUUCUUUGUCACAAUUCUCACUGCUGUUGUUUUUAUGCUGCAAAUGGAUACUUCUCCCAUAUACAAAAUCAUGCUUUCUAAUAAUAUGACAUGUUACGAUUAA